AUGAAUCUUCUCGACCUGCCUGAUGAUAAUCUGCUGGAGAUCGCUGGAAAAUUGGAUCUUCGUGGGAUCUCAAUCCUCCGCAAAGUGAAUCAACGACUUCGGAACGUUCUCGACCUACGUCCACCAACUAAUAACUUCACCAAAAUCUCUGUUGAAGGAAUCACUUAUUAUCCACGAACACAAGUGAUAUAUGAGUCAGCGACUGGAACAGAAACAAUUAUGUAUGAUGACAAGGAUCAGGUUGGACGAGACUUCGAACUGAAUAUUCGAUAUCAAAAGCGUGUAGUGGAUGAGUUUUCCAUCAAUUUCCAAGACGCGGAGGAUCCAGUGGCUAAGAAAAUUCACGAAACUCUAAAAUCUCGAAACAAAAUGCUCCAAGUAAAAAAGAUUUUCUUACGAGGCAAUUUUCAACGAGGCCUGUCCGAAAUUCUUCAGUUUUUGGAUCCAACUUCUCUGAAAACAAUUGCGACGUUUAUGAGUGAAGGAGAUGAAAUCCAACAGUUUGAUGAUAAUUGUGUGCAGCUGGAGCAGUGGCGUAGUGCCGAAGAGUUUACCAGUAAUAUCAUGAUAGAAAGCUCGGCGUGUUUUAGCAAAUUGUUAAACUUUCGGGAAGUCAAUAUUUGGGCGAAUGAAAUUUGUUUGGAGGAUGUGCUUUUGUUGCGAAAGAAAAUGAAUCUUCUCGGCCUGCCUGAUGAUAAUCUGCUGGAGAUCGCUGGGAAAUUGGAUCUUCGUGGCAUCUCAAUCCUCCGCAAAGUGAAUCAACGACUUCGAAACCUUCUCGACCUACGUCCACCAACUAAUAACUUCACCAAAAUCUCUAUUGGAGGAAGAAUUUAUCAUCCACGAACACAAGUGAUAUACGAGUCAGCGACUGGAUCAGAAACAAUUCUGUAUGAUGACAGGGAUCAGGCUGGACGAGACUUCGAAGUGAAUAUUCGGUAUCAAAAGGGUGUAGUGGAUGAGUUUUCCAUCAAUUUUGAACACGCGGAGGAUCCAGUGGCUAAGAAAAUUCUCAAAACUCUAAAAUCUCGAAACAAAAUGCUCCAAGUUAAAAAGAUUUUCUUACGAGGCAAUUUUCAACGAGGCCUGUUCAAAAUUCUUCAGUUUUUGGAUCCAACUUCUCUGAAAACAAUUGCGACUUUUAUGAGUGAAGGAGAUGAAAUCCAACAGUUCGAUGAUAAUUGUUUGCAGCUGGAGCAGUGGCGUAGUGCCGAAGAGUUUACCAGUAAUAUCAUGAUAGAAAGCUCGGCGUGUUUUAGAAAAUUGUUACACUUUCGGGAAGUCAAUAUUUGGGCGAAUGAAAUUCGUUUGGAGGAUGUGCUUUUGUUGCGAAAGCCGUCCCUUUUAUGA